AUGCCUACCGCAACAGAGCGCAUUCAUGCCCUGAACCCCUUCUCUAAGAAGGAGUCGCACAGCGCCACGACCAUCACGACGUACAAGGUCCUGACCAUUCUGAGUUGGCUCCUGUCCCUUGUCGUCACCCUCUACUACACUGUCAAUGAGCCCCGCGAUGGCUUCACGAUCCGGAAGAGAAUCUGGGACCAGAACUACCUGUACCCUACCGCCUUCACACUGAACUCGGUCAUUGUCGACAUCUACUGGGUCGUUCUCUUCAUCCUGCAAGUCGGCUAUGUCGCCCACCUCUUCUCGAGCAACAGCGACUAUGUCAACGCCGCCGCCAGUGUCGGAUCCCACUUCAUCUUCAACAACCUUUUGCACUUCGCUUUUGUCAUGCUCUUUGUCCGCUCCCACUGGGUCUGGGCUGAGCUCAUCCUGAUCAUCAACUUCGCCAACCUGUCGUCGCUGUACUUCCGCCACAACACUUACCCGCGCUUCAUCCACUGGCCGGUUGUUUCUGCUCCUCUGGCGUGGACUUUCGUGGCCAUCUACUGGAACGGUGCCAUCAUGGUUCCCCACCCCCACAGCCUGGUCGCCCGCAUUUUUGGCAACAUCUUCAUCUGGUCCAUUCUCGUCUACGGUGGCUUCUUCAUCGUUGCCUACAAGGACUACACCAUGGGCUUCUCCCUCAGCGUUCUGGCUGCCGCCAUUGGUGUUGCCCAGUUUCACCGCCAGGUCGUCGCGUUCCAGUGGAUCUUUGCCUUCACCAUUAUGGCCGUCCUGUUUGUCUCGACACUUGUCAUUGCCUACCCGACUGCGACUGGCAAGGACUACCCCUGGAGAAGCCGCUCUUCCGCUCCUGCCGACCAGGAGCGUGCCCCUCUUCUCUCCAACGAUCAGUAA